GGGAAUACAGGGAAAAGGACAACUUUAUCUGGAGCGGACAUACAAUCUCAGCUAGAAAACCUUACCCCACCCUCCUCUGGGCGACGUGUCCACGAUUGGCUACUGUAGGACUAGUGGUUUAAAAUACAGUUUUGCUGGCGGCUUGUCAAUUAGCAGAGUCUCGUCGUCAGGGGACCUGGUGUUAAGUGAAGAACCGAUUGUUUCGUCUCUUUAGAAAUGGCUUGUUAGUGCAGAUGAGUUGUUAGAUUAGCUGUGCGGCGAUAAUGGCAACUGUUAAAAAAGAUGACAGAUUGACCAAUACUCAGGGGUUUCUCUGCGUUGGCUUUGCUGGUAUUUUCAGCAAAACGGUUACUUCUCCUUUGGAAGUUAUAAAGAUAUUAAGUCAGGUGGGAACAUUUCACAGUAAACGCGGCUUUCUUGAGAGCUUUGCACUGAUCUACAGAACCGAGGGCCUGCAAGCGUUUUGGAAGGGAAAUGUUGUGUCCUGUCUUCGACUGUUUCCUUACAGUGCAAUUCAUCUGGCAACUUACAAACAGAUUGUUCACCAGCACAUGAAUGACUUUGGCUACAUAUCCCAGUGGCAAGCCAUAGUGGCGGGGGGCCUGGCAGGGAUAACGGCUGCUCUCGCCACAUACCCGCUGGAGGUCGUGGAAACGCGCCUCAUCUCCCAGAACUGCCGGGAGCCGACGUACAGGGGCGUGCUGCAUACCAUCUCGCACAUCUACCACACAGAGGGCCUCCUUUCUCUCUACAGGGGCUUCUCUCUCACCGUCAUUGGUGCAGUUCCGUUCUCCGUUGGCUGCUAUGCGGUGUACAUCAACCUGGAUAAGAUCUGGAAGGAGCCCCACUCCCGAUUCUCCUCCCUGCAGAACUUCAUCAACGGUUGCCUAGCUGCAGGAGUGGCCCAGUCGCUGUCUUUCCCUUUUGAGAUGGUCAAGAGGAAAAUGCAGGCUCAGAGUGCUCACCUGCCACACUGCGGUGGAGUCGACGUCCACUUCAACGGAAUGGUGGAUUGUUUCAGGCAGGUCAUCAAAACCAAGGGCGUCCUAACCUUGUGGAGCGGCCUAACAGCCAACAUGGUGAAGAUUGUUCCUUACUUCGGCCUGCUGUUCACAUGCUUUGAGAUGUGCAAGCAGGUCUGCCUGUACCGUAACGGCUACAUCGUGUCACCGCUGAGCUACAAGCUGAAACCUGGCGUCGACCAGAGCAUGGGCCCCUCUGAGUUGCAGGAGGUCCGUCGCUAUCUCAGGAACCGGAAGUUUCACUCACAGAACUCUUCCAUGGGAAACCAGUGGUGAACUCAAACCCGGCCUGCAGGGGUGCACUGUAGGCUUGGUGUGGAACGUUGUGGAGACAUGAAUUUGUGCACAAAGUUGUGCAGGGGUCCCUAUUGUCACCUUUGUGUUUGUGAAACGGUGGUGGGGACAAGUUGUGGUGAUCUCAUGUCUCCACCGUCCACACCAUAAACUAUGCCCAUGCCAGCCCGGAAACCUCAAGCACACACCUCAAGGCUCCUGCUGCACCAUCUUCCAUAGACUUUGUCUUGAAUUUUUUGAAAUGCAGAAUUAUUCUGCAGUUAUUCUGAUACUUUGGAGGAAUUUCUGCUGUGUGUCUGGGUUGGUUUUACUGCCUAGAACGGCAAUUUGUUUUACAAGAGAUCUUGUAUGCAUUAUCUUGUAGUAUUCUCCACCAGCAAUACUGUACAUGGCGUGAAGAAUUUGCACAAGCUGAAGGCCGAAAAAUACCUCAACACUGAUGCAUGUCAGAGUGAUAAAAGAAGUCAGUUAACAAAACAAAACAUUCACACGUCUCAGUGUAGCUGGCAGUUGGAUUUUGUUGGUCUCUAAGAAAACAAUCGAAAGGCAAUAUAUAAAAUACAAUCUUCAUUUGAUUUAUAUAUAAUGAAUGUGAUCAGUGUUAUCUCCUCAGUAUCCAUGAGGUUUUUAUCAUAUCACUGAAAGAAGUGCCUUGACGUGCUAUUUGUCCACUCUGUUUUCUAUUUCAUGGCAUUCUCACCAAUAUAGUGUUGCCUCCUCAAUCAUCCAUUGUUACGUUUUAGCCUAAUCAUGAAAAAAUUGAUCUAUAAAAACCUACACGGUCACCUGUACCUGUAGGCUGUAGCGCUCCACCAGAUCAAGUGUAAAUCAAUUACAGAUUGUGCUGCUAAAAUGAUGAUAUUAAAGGACUCAAGGUCCCCAUCACUAAACCAAUUUGCAGUAAUUGUGCAGUGUUCCACUCCAUGAGGAAGUCGUGACUUGAAAUAUGUGUCAGAUAUUUGUUAUAAAUGUUUUCCAUGCUGCAUAUGGUAACCUUUGUUUUCUCUAACUUAUUUGUAUGAAUGUGUCCGUAAUUUCAUUUGCAUUCAAUCAGGACAAUUGUCAACUGGUGAAUGUAUCAUAAAUAAAACAUUUUAAAGUCA